GUUGACUUUCAUUUUGUUUUUCUUGCUGUUACUGAAAGGCGGUGACGAAGUUGAAUAUUUUUCUCGUCGGUUGCAUCAAAGAAUCUGAUACAAGUGGAAAUUUUGUAAAUCUUAUUGCACUAUUCAUUGUGAUAUAAUUAAUUGGGAAUAAUUUAUUUGCAAAGUAAGGCAAAUUUUCAUCGUGAAAAAGGAAACGAAUAGAUAGAAAAUAAAAGUGAAAGAAGGAAAGAAAUAGCCGAAACGAAAUUUUGGAGAAAAGUAGCGGAAGAAGAAAUUGUGAGGUGUGCAUUUCGGUGCUGAACGGUGUGAACGACGAAAGUAAAAGCAAGCCAAGAGGAAGGAGCAGAAUAGCGUGCUUAUUAAAAAAAAAAAAAUACUGCAAAGAAAUACCCAGCGCAUUGCCGAAUAACAACCACCAUACAACAGAAGUGUCAGAAACGCUUUCAUAAUGAUUUACUGAUCGUAAAAGCAAAAUCCAGAAAGUACAGGUCUCGUCGAUUUGUUGUUGCUUGAUUAUUGCAAAAUCUCUUGAAGGGAAUUGAAACAAAAUAAAUAUAAACUGUAAUCACCAACACCCCUGCCGAUCGACGAUUGUGAGAUCAAUCAACUACUACGUUAAACGCGAACUAAAUUGAUAGCGGAGCAGCAAUAGAAGCAGGAAUACAAACUCCAGUAAUAACAACAAAAGUGUAGAUAGUAAAGUUCGCAUUGCUACUGCGAAUCACCCAUGAGAGUGAAUUUGUCUAUAUUGGAGUAAAACGCCUGGAGUUUUUUAAAUAUUUUUCUUGUCAUCUCUGCCAACGUCGGUUACAUUUGAAUAGCCACUAACAAGGAGUAACCUAUUGCUACGAAACUAACCUUUUCCGGAUUGUGUGUAUUUUGAAAAGCCGCUUUAAUGAUGUCGUCUGAUCAACAGUUUUUCCUAAAAUGGAAUGAUUUCCAAACGAAUAUGGUGACCUCGUUCCGGCAUUUGAGGGACGAGAAGAGCUUUACAGAUGUGACCCUUGCCUGCGAAGGGCAAACAUGCAAAGCGCACAAAAUGGUUCUAUCUGCAUGCAGCCCGUAUUUCAAAGCUCUUUUGGAGGAAAACCCUUCGAAGCACCCCAUCAUUAUCUUGAAAGAUGUGUCGUAUAUACAUCUGCAAGCUAUAUUGGAGUUUAUGUAUGCCGGCGAAGUGAAUGUAUCGCAAGAGCAAUUGCCGGCCUUUUUGAAAACUGCUGAUCGCCUCAAAGUGAAAGGUCUGGCAGAAACUCCUAGUUCUAUAAAACGGGAAGGUUGAUGGUGGUAAAUAAGUUCAAUAAAAUACGACUAUAUAUAAUAAAACAACAAAACAAAUACAUACGCCUAAACUAUUAAUAAGGAAUGAAUAUAAAUUUAAUUGAAAAUUUUAAUUUAAAUGCGUAAAAUAAUUUAGUAAACUGCUAAAGAUACAAAAAUAAUACAUACUGCAUACAAAAGAAGUGCGGCUCAGAAUUUAAUUGCUUUAAUCAUGAAUAGAAAUGAUUGCGCACAGUUUGUUUCAUUAUAUGUUUUAAAUCUCAGAUUAACAACCGCAUUGUUUUGCAUCAUAUAUCGAUAGCCAUUAUUUAAAAUGAUUUAUUUAGUAAACUUCUUAGAUUUUUUUUCAAUUGAAUUCAUUUUUCGGUACGCGUUACUUGAGCAAAUCUAAAACUCUGUUGCGCAAAAUUAAUUAUAUUGUAUAUUAUUUAAAUUGUACGAAUUAAGCCGGCAAACUUAUAUCGAAGGAAUUAAAAAAAGAAAAAACACCACGAGCUGGAAAUUAUAAAGAAUUUUGUAGUGUAUAAAAAAAACUAAAAAGCAUAAUUAUAAACGAUACUGUAGAAUGCUAAAUGACUUUGACAAUGUGUAAAAAGGCGAAUGAAAGGUUUAAAUAAAAAACUAAGAAUGGGAUUGUAUCUCCUGUUUAGAUAUACAUAUUAAGCUACCAUUUUAGAGUUGCAAUUAUUCGUACAUUUAUACCAUUUAAAACAAUACAUUUAGAUAAGAAGCGAGGGCAUUUUAAAAAAAUCGAGGUCAUGACAGGAAAACUAACCCAUUGAAAGUGAAAUGUAAACAAACCUUUAAAUUUAUUAUUUAAUAAACUGCAAAAAUCUCUAUCAGCCCAAGCACCGAUCAAGUUACGUAAUAAAGAAAAUAAUGGGACAAAUUAAUAGUCAAAAUACAGUCGAAAUCAAAGUUAUUUGCAGCUUAUUGACAUAAUUUUCAAUGGAAUAUCUACCAAGAAAACUGCAAUUAACUUUAGAAUCGACUUUAUUUCGAAUAUGAACAAGCCCCAUUGUAUUAAAAGUUUUACUUAAGUAAAUGAACGAAAAUCAUAAGCUAUAGCCAAAGUAGAUUUGAUGAAAAAGAAA